UGUCGAGGCACUCUACGGCAGUCGCUCGAGGCCAUCUUUUGGUGGGUGCCCUUCUUUUACCAUACCAAGCUGAUCCUUAUGCUCUGGCUUCAAUUCCCGUACUUUCACGGCGCCCAAGUUGUCUUUGACGCGGUGUUUCACAGCGUCUUUGUCUUGCGCCCGCGACGCCCUCGUCUUGCGACAGCCACCGCGGUCGACGCCGCCGCGCUCUCGGAGACUGCCACGUAAUCGAGUUGUAACUACACUCUAUUGUACUCUAUCUCAU